CAGAUCGUUGGCCGCCUGAGACGGCUGGCGCACGCGCGCGGUCGUCAUGACAACGCCGCUGCUGCGGCCCGCGGGAUGCAGAGAGCAUGCAGCGCAGCCCGCAGGAGGCCAGGCCUGAGUCCCGGACCCCACCUUCCGCCCCAUCUACGACCCCUACUCCGGCGUGGGCUGCGGCCGACGGUAGCGAAGCUGCAGAACCUAUUGGUGGUCUACAGGAAUAUUAUUAUGAGCUAUGUAUGGAAAAGUCCCAGGAAAUUAAACCUUUUAUAUUGCAUAUACUCCAAGAAGUGGAUGAAGAAAUUGAACAGGGAUUGGCAGGAAUCACAUUAAAUGUUGCUGGUAACUGUCACUUAAUGCCAGUAGAAAGAGUAACAGGUGAAGAUUUUUGGAUUCUUUGCAGAAUUUUAAAGAAUAAUCCAUAUAUUAAUGGUUUGGAUGUUAAAUAUAACCUCAUAGGUGAUGUUGGUGCAUCCUAUGCUACAGAACUGCUUCAGGAACAACAUAAUCUCAUUUACUUAAACCUUAUGUUUAAUGACAUUGGGCCCGAAGGUGGAGAACUGAUUGCUAAAGCACUACAUAAGAAUACAACUCUGAAACACCUAAGAAUGACUGGAAACAAGAUUGAAAAUAAGGGUGGAAUGUUUUUUGCUGCAGUGCUACAAAUUAAUUCAUCCUUAGAGAAAUUAGAUCUGGGUGACUGUGAUCUGGGAAUGCAGAGUGUGAUAGCAUUCGCUACAGUCCUAACUCAAAACCAAACAAUUAAGGGAUUAAACCUAAGCCGACCUAUACUUUACGGUGAACAGGAAGAGUCCACAGUUCAUCUAGGCCACAUGUUGAAAGAAAAUCAGUGCCUUGUUGAACUACAUGUGUGUAAGCAUGACAUAAAAAACUGUGGUAUGAAACAGUUAUGUGAUGCACUGUAUCUGAACAGAAGCCUGCGCUACCUUGAUGUAAGCUGCAAUAAAAUAACUCAGGAUGGAAUGGUGUGUUUGGCCGAUGUACUGAAAAAGAAUACUACCCUGGAAGUAAUAGAUCUUUCUUUUAACAGAAUAGAAAAUGCAGGAGCAAACUAUCUCAGUGACACUCUUGCUUCACACAACAGGACUCUUAAAGCGUUGUCAGUGGUAAGCAACAACAUAGAGGGAGAAGGACUUGUUGCACUUUCACAAUCAAUGAAAACAAAUCCCACACUCUCUAAUAUCUACAUUUGGGGAAACAAAUUUGAUGAAGCUACAUGUGUGGCAUAUUCAGAUUUAAUUCACAUGGGCCGUCUAAAAUCAGACAAUACAGAUGUGGAGCCAUUUGUGGUGGAUGGACACGUGUACCUUGCAGAAGUCUCCAAUGGCCUUAAAAGGCAUUAUUACUGGACACCAGGUUAUGGAGAAGCUUGCAGCCCAUCAUCUAAUGCAGGUCUUACUCUUGUACCAGUAGGUCAAUAUCUAUGAAAAACAAGCUUUAAUUUUCAUAUAUUUGUCUUAUUACUCUUC